AUGGGUUGGGAAUCGGCAGAUAUUGUGAGGAACUCAAAAAUUCUUGGGUUUGGCUUGGAGAAGGGAGUUAUCCCAAGGUGUUCAGCUGUUCGAGUUUUGCAAAUGAAAGGUCUAGUGGAGAGAGAUCAUGGUAUCAGAACUGUGUUGAUAAAGAGUGAUAAGUCAUUAUUGGAGAAGUUUGUAACCAAGUUUGAGGAAUACUUUCAUGGGAAAUCUUCUGGGGGUGGCGAGUUUGGAAAGUACUAUAGCCUACCUGCUCUGAAUGAUCCAAGGAUCGAUAAGUUGCCGUACUCCGUCAGGAUCCUUCUUGAAUCGGCAAUCCGUAACUGUGACAACUUCCAAGUCACCAAGGAAGAUGUUGAGAAGAUUAUUGGUUGGGAGAAUACUUCUCCCAAACAAGUCGAGAUUCCUUUCAAGCCUGCCUGUGUUCUCCUGCAGGAUUUUAAUGGUGUUCCAGUUGUGGUGGAUCUUGCUUGCAUGAGGGAUGCUAUGAACAAGCUUGGCAGUGAUUCUAGCAAGAUCAACCCCUUGGUAGAUGUCAGGUGGUGA